GGAUUAUAAAAAGAAGGUUUUCUAUGAUAAGCUCCGUCAGUAUUUUAUUGAACUGUGGCAAGUUUAACAAAUCAAAUUCUUAGUAAAGCGCAACGAAAACAGUUUCCAACAAGGACCAAUAUAAUCAUCGAUUCACUUCAUAUUAAAUAUAAAUAAUAUAUUAGAGCGUUAAUGUAAUAAUAUACACUAUACUUUUUUCAGAACUAACUCAUCACAAUGUCAUCGCUACUAAGCAAUCAAUGCGCUGCACAAAGCGUCGGCACUUUCAACAACUUGGUGACGACGCUAAUCCAGGCUCUGUUAGUCGCACAGUGCGAAAUCUCACCGCCCGAGCUGUGGCCAAAAGACUACGCAGUUCAUGCAUUGGAACAUGGUUUGGACGCGUAUGACUUUGUGGUGGUAGGUGCGGGCUCAGCGGGUUCAGUGAUGGCCAGUCGGUUGAGCGAGAAUCCAAACUGGAAAGUGUUAAUGUUGGAGGCAGGCAGCGAUCCGCCACAAGAAUCUGAGGUGCCGAACCUUUCUUUCGCUUUGCAGCAUACAAAUGUUACUUGGAAUUAUUUGACUGAGUACAGCGAUAGGGCUUGCUUAGGCUUUUUUGAUCGGCGUUGCUUUUUGCCACGCGGUAAAAUGAUUGGUGGCACAGGUGCUCUUAAUGCCAUGCUUUAUGUGCGUGGAAAUCCUCGUGAUUACGACCGUUGGGCUCAAGCUGGUAAUGUAGGUUGGGGUUGGAACGAUGUGUUGCCGUAUUUUGAACGUUCAGUGCGUCCUAUUGGUAAUGACACCCACCCACAGGGUUAUGUAACACUCAAUAAUUUUCCAGUCACCGAUCCGGAGUUAGAACAAAUGAUCUAUGCAGGUAGUGCAGAGUUGGGCAUACCCCGCGUAGAUUUAUUCACUGAAGGCAGUGAGACCGGAUAUUCCAAUAUUCCGGGCACUAUUCGUAAUGGACGUCGAACGAGCACUGGAAAGGGACAUCUCGCUCAUGUUGCAAAUCGACCCAACAUGCAAGUUAUUAAAAAUGCGCACGUGACCAAACUAAUUUUCGACGAGACUAGCAAAAAUGUACACUCAGUAAGCUUCAUAUUGCAAGAUCGAUAUGAAAUGAAAGUCGACGUUACGAAAGAGUUGGUGUUGUCAGCAGGUGCAAUAGAUUCACCAAAGCUACUGAUGUUGUCUGGUGUCGGUCCAGCAAAACAUUUGGCUGAUUUGAAUAUACCGCUUAUACAUGACUUGCCCAUCGGUGAUAAUCUGCAAGAUCAUGUCCACAUUUUAACUUUCUUAAAAUUGAACGAGAACACAGCGAAUGUAUGGAUAAAGGAAGAUUCCUUAAACAGCACCUUUAAUUACCUAAUUUACCGGAAAGGCCCCUUGACCGCUCAGGGCAGCGCAUCGCUUACCGGUUUCGUAAAUACGCUGACAAAUAGUACUUAUCCAGAUAUUUCCAUCCACCAUUACUUUUAUAGACGUGGUAAUUUGGCUGGACUGCAGCUUUUCUUAAAUGGACCUAAUUUUAACGACGUUUUCAAAUCGACACUUCUUAAGGCUUUAGAAACUGCUGACAUUUUGAUCAUGCUCAAUAUACUCUCCCAUCCAAAGUCUACCGGACAGAUACGUCUCCGCAGCACCGAUUACAAAGAUCCGCCUAAACUGACCCCAAACUAUUUCAGCGAACCUGAAGAUAUGAGCACUCUACUACGUGCUAUACGUUUCCAAGAGCAAUUGUUGAAGACUUCAGCUUAUAAGACAAUGAAUGCCACUUUACUACUUCCACCAAUUGAUGAGUGUGAUGUUCACAAACCUCAAAGCGAUGAUUACUGGCAUUGCUAUAUGAAGUAUUUCUCCACUACUACUUAUCACCCAUCGGGUACGGUUAAAAUGGCCCCUGAAACAGAUGGGACCAGUUGUGUGAAUCCACGUUUGCUUUUAGACGGUUGUGGUAAUGUACGCGUAACCGAUGCCAGUAUUAUACCACAGAUUCCCAGCGCCAACAUAAAUGCCGCUACCAUAAUGAUAGCUGAAAAGGCAGUUGAUUUCAUUCGAGAAGAUUGGUUGGAAGCGGACUCUGAAGAAGAGAAUUGGCAAUAUUAAAGCUCUAGCUGGAGACUUUGUCUACAAAAAACCAAACAUAAUAUUACUUGUUCUAUUUGAGUCAGGAAUAAUUUAUUAAAUCCGGUUUUCGUAAAAUUAA